UCUGUCAUGGGAUGGUUACCCGCAGAGACUGCAGGGGAAGCGGACGCGGACGCCAGGUUAAAUGAUUUCGUAGAGAACCCCAAGUUUCGCAUAAUCAUGCACGAGGCAAUCCAAACUGGGUCACAGGAAAAUGUGAACGAUAUUUGGAUCAACGCUGCACUGCAAUUACAACAAGGCUGGAUGCAUAUACACGGUAUGCGAUGCUCCAACUCUGCUUACGUUCGGUUAGAACCACGAACAUUCCGCAACCUUCCAGCGCUAGGCAGAAUAGGCGACCCAGAUGAUAUCAUCGCCUCUGUAUUAGUGCAAGAUAGCAAAAUUCUUCCCGACACGUACCAGUCCAUGUCAUCUUAUCGCCUUUGCACUCCUGAUGGCCCGACUCUUCUCACAGAGGGACUUGCAGCUAAGUUGAAGUUGGUGCUAGAG